GAGCGGCGGCGCCCUGCUCGUGCUGCUUUCGCGGCAAAAAGGAUUUGGCGCGCAAACGUGUGCGGGGCCGGGACCAGCUGGGAACAAUAACAGUGCCUGGAGCGGAGCGGAGCGGACCGGCUGAGCGCGGGAGAGAAGGGCGAGAGGAUCCCGGCUCUGCGCGGGGCCACGACGGAGCCGAGCGGGGCAGGGCAGGGCGGCUGGGAAGUCGGCGCUGACCGGCCGAGCGUAGGCGGAAGGGAGCCCUGCUGUGUGCCGUAGCGCCCUGCCCUUCCCCGCGGAGACCCGCGCCUUCGUGGGGGCCUCGCAGAUGACCCGGAAAGCAGCCUCGGCGCCCUCCGCUCUCGGCCUGGCCGCAGCCGCCGCCUCCUCUCCGCUCGCGGCCCUGGCCGGCUGCACCUCCGCGGGACACCAUUUCCCGGGCCUCUGCCCUUAAAGGAGGAUGGGGCGUGUUCCUGGCUCCCGGCCCCUGCCAUCCGGCGACUCUCUGCACCCCCGCGGCCAGGACGGUGGCACCGGCCCGCUGAUACGGCUCUGAUUCCCGGGAAGCGGGAAUCAAGACGGCGGGGUGGGGUGGGGUGGGGGAAGAGGGAUCCUCCGGAUUUCCUGCGGUGCGUGGAGGAAGGGAGGCAGAGGAGCGGGCAGGAUCAGGCCUUUCCCCCCCCCUCCCUCACCCCUACCCACCCCACCCACUCUCCUCCGAGGCAUGUGAGUGCCAGCGUUUUGUAUCAUGUCUCUGGAGGGCCUGGGGGUGACCCAGAAUGUGGCGGACCUGGAAGCCCUGUUGAGGGGCGCGGAAGCCAUCCAUGUGAUGGAGCAGCAGAUCGUGAUCAUUUCCACCCCAGACCAGCUCUCCGCGCCCGGAGGAGAGAGCGACGCCGAACUGCUGCUGUUCGCCACUCCGCAGCCCGCCAGAUUGGAAACGGCGACGCAGAGGCCUGCUCUGGAGCGCCCGCCGGUAAAACGGAAGCUGAACUUGGAGACUGACCACCAGUACAUUGCAGAGAGUGUUCAUGCAGCCCGAGGAAGAGCGAAAAACCCUGUCAAAGGGGUGAAGUCUCCUGGAGAGAAAUCCCGCUAUGAAACCUCCCUGAAUCUGACCACCAAACGUUUCCUGGAGCUGCUGAGCCAAUCGCCUGAUGGUGUUGUGGAUCUCAACUGGGCUGCAGAGGUGUUGAAGGUGCAGAAGAGGCGGAUCUAUGACAUCACAAAUGUCCUGGAAGGUAUCCAGCUGAUCACCAAGAAGUCCAAGAACCAUAUCCAGUGGUUGGGGAGCCGGACUGCUGUGGGGAGCGCCAGCAAGAGCCAGGGGUUGGUGAAGGAACUCCAGGAUCUUCAGGCAGCAGAACAGCAACUGGACAGCCUCAUCCAGAUGUGUACUACUCAGUUCAAGCACCUCACGGAGGACCCAGAAUACAAGCACUCAGCUUACGUGACAUGCCAAGAUCUGCGCAGCAUUGCAGACCCUUCUGAGCAACUGGUGAUGGUGAUCAAAGCCCCCCAGGAGACGCAGAUGCAAGUCUCUGACCCGGCGGAGGCUUUCCAAAUUGCUGUGAAGAGCACCCAGGGCCCAAUAGAUGUGUUCCUGUGCCCAGAGGAGAGCUCUGGAGUCUGCAGCCCCACCAAGAGUCCAUUGAAGGUGGCUUCCAAGGAACCUUCUCCAGGGUCUUCGCAAGCAGCAGCAGCAGCAGCCCCUGCACUUCUGCGUCCCUCCCAGGAAAUGAACUCACCAUUGCUGAGUGCAGACCAAGAGCCCCUGUUGUCUAGGGAGAGCGCAUUGCCACUGAAGUGCCCUGCGGAUGACGUGAACCUCUCGCCACUGGCAUCCGUGGAUGCUUUGCUCCAGCAGGGCAAGGAGGACUUCUCAAGCUUCCUACCUGCCGAAUUCAUUGCGCUUUCGCCAACCCAGGACUAUCACUUUGGGCUCGAGGAGGGCGAAGGCAUCAGCGAGCUCUUUGACUGUGAUUUUGGAGACUUGACUUCCUUGGAUUUCUGAGCAUCCUCAGGUGGGGUGGGGAGUGCCACUCAGCUGGCCCUGCCCCACCACGGGGCAUCCUCUCAGAGCUGACGUCUGAAUGUAAUCGCAAGGCCAGCUGCAGCCUCCUCGGCCGGUGUGCUGCGGAGAGGACUCCAGGGGAGGAAACAGAAGGCAGCAGUGGCCGGGGUGUGAUUCAGUUCUUGGCUGCCUGUCGCCAGCCACCUCGCUGCGAUUGAAGAAGGUGGCUGUGAAGCUAAUAAUGGCUGCUGUGAAUGUUGCAGGCCCCUUUCUGUGGCCUUUCAGUGGGCCUGCUGCGUCCAGGCCCAUAGUAGUAGUGUCCAGGGCCAUCUUGAUUCUCUGGUGCCAUGUUUUGACUCUAUAGGGGCAGUCCUAGUAGUUAAUGCUGUUGCCCUAGCAACAGCUGACUUAACUCUCGCUCAACCACUCCUUUCCCCCAAGUCCUCACUUUAAACUGAAUUUUGCUGUGGGCAAACCACCCCACCCCGUGUCAGCUGUUUAUCGCUCCUUACUGUGAGCAAUUUCCUCUCUUGCCUUGGAAACCGUGACUGUCAGAAGAGUUUCUGAGAACAGGCGUUCCUCCCUCCCUUCUGUCAGCAAAGUCUCCCCUGGGGUGUAGGGCAGUAAUGGCCUGGAUAUUCAUUGCGAGAGGGGGCACCUCUCUCUGCCAGCCAGCUGUGGAAGGAAAAAAAGGCAAGAACAGUAUACUUCUAAGUAAUAAUUGGUGAUAACCUGACACCCCAUUGUCCUACAGACCAGGUCAUUCUGGUUGGCUGGCAUUGAGACAUCAACAAUUUGCAGUUUGAGGAUCAGAGGUGGGGGG